GUGCAGUCAAAGCAGCCGUUGUGGAAGGACGUACUCCGGGAAUAUCCACGCUCGACUCCUACUGAGAGUGAGAUAGGUUCUGGUACAUCGAUAAUCCUCUCGAGAACCCGUACCAAGAAACAGGACAAUAAAGACGAAGACCUUCCUCUGUUAGUCGUUCAAGUUAUAUGAACGAAUGCUUCUUAUAGUAUCACACAAGUAUUGAAGAUGUUUCUUGCUGUUGAGUAAACAGAAAACAAACAUUUACUGUACCUCAGUAUUAAGCAUGGGAAACAUUCGUAUUCCUUAUGUUAUAUUAGUAUAUGUUCAGUGAAACUCCGAUAUACGCGUAGAAUAGAGUAGUAAUCAUUCGAAUUAUAAAUGUACUGUAGACAGGUAGAAUGUGCACACAACAUAUGUGAAAAUGAUUUUAUCUUUGGAACGGAAAAUAUGAAAGUAAUAAGAACACCAAAGUAAAGAGACCAAAGUCUUGAAAACCGCAGACAUCCAGCCAGUAUGCCCCCAUUCACAAACUUCAGCGGAAGCCUUGCAGUUGGCAACAAAACGCCUCCUCCUCCAUCACAGCCCCAGAAACAGGUGACUGUCGACGCUACUUACACAACGAUGUCGGAGGCGUCGAACUGGCUUGCAAUCCCGACUAACGUCACCAAGAACGAAGACUCUUUGCACACCCAGAAUUUCAGCGACGACUACGAUUACUCAGCAAUCAAUGGCACCAACUCCUCCGAGUACAUUCCUUAUCAGGAAAGACCGGAGACCUACAUUGUGCCGGUACUUUUCGCCCUGAUCUUCAUCGUUGGAGUUAUAGGGAAUGGAACCCUCAUCGUCAUUUUCAUCAGAAACAAGACUCUCCGAAAUGUCCCGAACACGUACAUCAUCUCCUUAGCCUUAGGAGACCUUCUGGUACUGUUCUUCACCGUCCCCUUCAUUCUCUUCAUCUACACUGAUAACAACUGGCCCUACGGUACAUUCGAGUGCAAGUUCAGCGAAAUGGUGAAGGAUAUAUCUGUUGGCGUGACUGUGUUCACUCUCACAGCUCUCUCGGCUGAUAGGUACUUUGCAAUUGUGUCCCCAGUAAGGAAGGCCGUAGGAGCAGCUGGAGGUGUAACCCUGAAGGUGACAGUGGCAAUUUGGGUGCUGGCUUUGAUUUUAGCGACCCCAGCCGCAGUAUUCUCCUAUGUCAAAUUCGUCUACGUUCCCGAUAACAGGUCUUUCAGUGUCUGUUAUCCUUAUCCUGAUGACUUACCUGAGUGGUAUGCCCAAGCCAAUGUCCUGACAAAAGCCAUUAUCUACUACUUCCUACCUCUAAUCAUCAUAUCUACCUUCUAUCUUCUUAUGGCGCGACACUUGCUGUCCUCUGACGUCCCAGGAGAAUCUCACGUAUUCCACAGACAGAUACAGACGAGAAGAAAGGUGGCUAGAGUCGUUCUCUGCUUCGUCGUUAUCUUUGCCAUUUGCUUCCUACCAAACCACAUUUUCCUCCUGUGGUUCUACUUCGACGAAGACUCACAGAUCAAAUUCAACGACUUUUGGCACUCACUCAGGAUCAUUGGGUUCUGCCUGAGCUUCAUCAACUCUUGCAUCAAUCCCAUAGCCCUCUACUGCAUUUCCGGAACCUUCAGAAAGCAGUACAACCGGUACCUGUUCUGUUGUUGUGGUUGGGUGAAGAAGGACCAGCGAAAUCGAAAUUCCAUCAGGUCAGUGAGGUCGGGAUUGUCGAGAUACAGGUCAUCAACUCUGCGACCCUCGGAGACCAUCACACAGACCACUCUUCUCGUUGAGAGAAUUUCCCCUGCUGUGUCCUGACAUAUGCAAGCCAACGCCCGCCAGCGUCUUGCCUCCGGCAACCCCAACGACGCUGUCGUCACUCAAAAGGACCAACAUGACUCGCCCCACAGACUGCAACUACCAGAGUCCAAGUUUUGCCAACCCUUCAUUUUAGAGGGAAAUGACUCUCAGUAUGAAAACAGCCAAGUUUUCAAUAAUGGUCAAUGUAUCUACGAGGUUGUUCAGCUGUAAAAGGAAGGCUUAAUUGAAGCAUUGCCAAACCAAAAGGAAAAGUCAGUCUCACAAUUAUAAACUGAUUAUAUAAGGAUUAUGAAUUAUUUUUUGAUAACAUUCUGGUACCACAUUUUCAGAGAGCAUCAGUGAUAUUAGGAAAGACAGAGAGAUUGGAUUACAGUACAUUGCAGCAAGAUUCAUUUAAUCCCCCUUUCUGAGAGCAAUUUUAAACUUGGAUCACAUCAGCAAGUUAUACUGUGAGACAGUUUGGCAAACAUAUAACAUGGUUUCUGCAGCUCAAGUGCAAAGAUGAUUUACAGUUAUGAUGGUCAAAGGAUAAGCUUCCAUAUAAAUAUAUAUAUAUAUAUAUAUAUAUAUAUAUAUAUAUAUAU